AUGUACGAAAACAGCGACUCAGCCCGAACGGCAACCACCCACCCCGUAGACUACCUCUGGGCCACCGAGUUCAUCGACACCAUCUCAGCCGAGAUGAAAGACUACACAAAGGAGAUAAGAGACCACCUACCCACAAAAGGCCUCACUGAAGAAAACGACUCGGCGGUCCUCUGGUGGGCCCCCGAGCUGGAGCUAUACAACCAGGUACUCAUUGACUACAAGAUCAGGUGUGACCGUGCCAUCACAAAGUUCAAGAAGCUUCUGGAGGACGAAACGGCGGAUAUGAAUGAUAUGCAUGCAAAGAAUAAACUUGUUGUGGGUUGGGUUAAGCUGACGCAGGCGUUUGUGAAGAGCGUGAAUGUCUUUGAGAAGGUGAGAAAGAGGGCGUUGGAGAAGCCCACGGAGGGGGAUAGGAAGGCGGUGGAAUCGCUGGGUGGGCCGAGCGCUCUGAGGGAGAGGGAGUUUGACUGUGAAGAGUUUCUGGAGCUUAUUUUGUCCAUUAAUAACAUUCAGCUCCCGCCAUAUUUGCAUGUGCUGAAUACAAUGGGAUUCGAGCUGUGA